AUGGCGCCUGACUCAGCAUCAAGACACCCAGCGACCCCCAUUCCCAGCAUCCAGACACCCAGUGACCCCCAUUCCCAGCAUCCAGACACCCAGCGACCCCCAUUCCCAGCAUCCAGACACCCAACGACCCCCAUUCCCAGCAUCAAGACACCCAGCGACCCCCAUUCCCAGCAUCAAGACACCCAGCGACCCCCAUUCCCAGCAUCCAGACACCCAGUGACCCCCAUUCCCAGCAUCCAGACACCCAGCGACCCCCAUUCCCAGCAUCCAGACACCCAACGACCCCCAUUCCCAGCAUCAAGACACCCAGCGACCCCCAUUCCCAGCAUCAAGACACCCAGCGACCCCCAUUCCCAGCAUCCAGACACCCAGCGACCCCCAUUCCCAGCAUCCAGACACCCAACGACCCCCAUUCCCAGCAUCAAGACACCCAGCGACCCCCAUUCCCAGCACCAAGUCACCCAACGAGUCCAUUCCCAGCAUCCAGACACCCAGUGA